AUGCAAUACAAUCAGCUUCGUGUAAUCAAUGCAUUUCGUGCCAAUAAUGCAAAUAAACUUGGUGAAUUACGUGAAAGAAAUAAUCAAAUGAAAAGAUUUAGUCAUCAAUUGAAUAGAUCUAAUUCAUUUGUUUUACUCAAUUCUAUACCGAUAGAUAUCUUGAAAAGUAAUCAAGAUCCUGUACUACUUCAAUCACAACCAGAAGUUUACUUUAAAUACAAUAAUAAUAAUAAUAAUAAUCAUGAUGGUGAUGAUGAUGAUGCUGAUGAUGAAAAGGAUGAAGAAGACCGUCAAACUGAUUCUGUUGUAGGUGUAACUGAGAAAACAACAUUGUAA